GCCCAAGAGCAUCCAGCAGGUCAGGUUCGCGGAGACGAGCGUGGACGCGGAGGGCAUUCUGUCGAGCUCCCCUUCGUCGGACUCCAGCUCGCACUUCCAGAGGCUGCGCAUCAGGAACACGUUCAUCGACGUCGACUGCGAGACCCCAGCCUGCAAGCGGCGCACUCGGACGAGGACCGCGCUGGCGUUCCAGUUCUGCGGCGACGAGGCGGGCCGCGGCCUGCCUUCAGACGUGCUCACCUCUCAAAGGGACGAGGACACCACGGGCGCCCACAUGCGGGCCGCUGUCUCCAGCGAGGCGCUCGAUGGCCCUUCACGGACGUGGCGACCGAGCACGGAAGAGAUGAUUGCGCGCUUCAACAGCCAGGGCACGUACGCGGUCCGGGUGAAGAAUACAUUCAUAGAGCUGGAGGACGGCUCCGCCCCACACCGCCGCAGGCCCCGGAGCAAGACAGAGUUGAACGGCGUGCUCGGGUGCGACCUCCAGAGCCCUGACGAGAGGAGCAGCGAUGCCAGCACCGAGGACGACGGUUCCGAGGCCAUGGACGAGCCGACGGAGGACCAGGUGGCGGAGACGCCGCCGCCGCCGUUCUGCGGCACGCCGACCCCGCGCUGGGAAGCUCUCGCGGACCAGGGACUCAUCUUCUGCCAGCCCCAGACGCUGCAGCUGCCGCAAGCACCCCUGCAGAUGCCCUUGCCGGCGAUCUGGCUGGCCGCGCCGCCCUCGAGCGCGCUGCCCGCGGCCGGCGCGGCCGAGGGCCCGAAGCGCCAGGAAGGCCGAGCGGAGGCCGCAGAGGGAGCUUCCCGCGCCCGGAGAGCCCGCCCGCGCACAUCAGCACAGCAGCAGGGCCCGCCCGCACGCCUCCGCCCCUGCAGUCUGCAGCAGCAGGCGCUGCGGUCCAGCGAGGUCGACGGCUUCGUGCGCGUCCAGUGGACGGUGGACGAGAGAAAGUUGAGGGGCUCGGACAAGCGGCUGGUAUCGCCCUCGUUCGAAGUGGACUUCGGCCUCGGCUCGAGUCCUGCGUCGUUCGUGGUCAUGCUCUACCCCAGGAGCGCGACCUUUCGCGGCAGCGCGUCCUUCCAGAAGGCUGGGGGCGUCGGCCAGGUCCACCUGAAGUGCGUCUCCGAGCUGGGCGACGACAAGCCCGCGACGAUCCGCAUCUCAAUCGGGGGCGGCCAGGACCGGCUCAUGCGCGGCCCUUUCGCGCACAGUUUUGCAGCGAGCCCGUUGUUCACGCUGCCCAGGGAGCAGGCGGAGUGGGACUUCGGUGCCGCCGUGGAGGACGGGUCCGCUGUGGUGAGCGUGGACGUCGCUCUGGCGUAA